AGCCCUGCCCACGCCGGGAGGACGUUGACGGAGAGCCGCUUCAGCGCCGCGCGCGUGCCGGUGAUAGUGAUGUAGCGGAGCGGAGGGAGGUGAAGGCGGUGAUGUGCGGGGCUGAGGCAGGCGGAGGUGUUCAGAGAGAAGAGCGCGAUCGCAACAUUUCAGCUGGCAAGAACCGUAAAUCCUGAGGAACACUGAAUUUCAUCUGACCAUGUAAAGUAAUGUCAAAUGGACCAUGUUUUCUAAAGGAGUCCAUGAAGAAGAUUUUUUGGACCUUUUUUAUACUUGAUCAUGCUCUGGAGACUUAGGCCCUGACAGCCACUCAUUGCCCUAAUUUUUUUCUUUACAAGAGUCCCUAUCAAUUAUUUUCAUCUGCAGUGAUGGGUCUGAUUAUCUCCCCCUUUGAUAACUUGCUGUGUAUGCUUUUGGGCAUCUCCUUUACUGUAUGGUUCACUCUGCUGCUGGUCUUUAUCAUCGUUCCGGCCAUCUUCGGUGUGUCCUUCGGCAUCCGCACUCUUUGCAUGAAGACCUUGCUUAAGGUGUUUGAGUGGGCCACGUUACGAAUCGAGAGAGGAGCCAAAGAGAAGAAUCAUCACCUGUAUAAACCCUAUACUAAUGGGAUCAUAGCCAAAGAACCCACCUCCUUGGAAGAGGAACUGAAUGAGAUCCGCCGCAGCGGCAGCAGCCGGGACCUUAAUGCUGCCUCCUCUACAUCUCCUUCUACUGCUCCUUCCCCGUCCUCCUCUGAGUUCGCCAUGUCGGAUAUCUUCUACUUCUGCCGGCGCGGCGUGGAGAGUAUCGUGGACGACGAGGUGACCAAGCGCUUCUCAGCCGAGGAGCUGGAGUCCUGGAAUCUGCUGACGCGCAGCAACUACAACUUCCAGCACAUCAGCACUCGCCUCACUGUGCUGUGGGGUCUGGGAGUGGUCAUCCGCUACUGUUUUCUACUGCCUCUCAGGUUAACACUAGCCAUCACCGGUGUCACACUAUUGGUUGUCUUCACCACCAUAAUUGGAUUUCUGCCCAAUGGGAGGAUGAAGAAUUUUCUCAGUGAGAAAGUGCAUUUGAUGUGUUACCGCAUCUGUGUGAGAGCACUUACUGCAAUCAUCACCUAUCAUCACAGUGAGAACAAGCCUAAGAAUGGAGGAAUCUGUGUCGCCAACCACACAUCACCCAUUGAUGUCAUCAUACUAGCCAGUGACGGCUGCUAUGCAAUGGUUGGACAGAUCCAUGGAGGUCUGAUGGGGGUUAUCCAAAGGUCAAUGGUGAAAGCUUGUCCACAUAUCUGGUUUGAACGCUCUGAAGUCAAAGAUCGCCAUCUGGUGGCAAAAAGACUGAGCGAUCACGUAGAGGACAAAAGCAAACUGCCGAUCCUUAUCUUUCCUGAGGGGACCUGCAUCAACAAUACGUCCGUUAUGAUGUUUAAAAAGGGAAGUUUUGAAAUUGCCUCCACCAUCUACCCUGUGGCCAUCAAGUAUGACCCUCGUUUUGGAGAUGCUUUUUGGAACAGCAGUAAGUUCGGCAUGGUGAACUACCUCCUCCGCAUGAUGAGCAGCUGGGCGAUUGUGUGCAGUGUGUGGUAUCUGCCUCCCAUGAACCGACAGGAAGGAGAGGAUGCUGUGCAGUUUGCUAACCGGGUGAAGGCAGCCAUCGCCAGGCAGGGUGGCCUGGUAGACUUACUGUGGGAUGGAGGCCUGAAGCGGAGCAAAGUGAAAGACACCUUCAAAGAAGAGCAACAGAAACAGUACAGCAGGUUAUUGGUGGGAACUCACGAGGACCGCAGUCGCUCCUGAGGCCGUCUGAGAUGAGAGGAGAACUCAGUAGUCUGGUUUGUCUGGUUAGCCGGACUGUGGUGCUGGCCCAGUCUUAAACAGGUCUUGUUUCUGUUGUGGUGACUGAGGAAGGACUCACUCCUCAGUCGGUUCCUGCUUGUAUCGCACCCUCGUUAUGACGUGUGAUCCACCGAAACAAAAGAAAACAAAGUUUUCUGCUAUAGUUUGGAAACAUCAGCACUUUCUGAUCUGAUCCUCUAAGACCAACAGGUUGCUAUUAAUGUUGUCAAGUCCUUCAGGCCUGUGGGUCACUGGUGCUUGACAACUGGAUGUUUUUCUUUCUUUCUUUGUCUUCAGUAGAUUUAUUACUUUUUUUUGACAUUCACAUUCUAUUUAUUUUGUUAAUUCACUGUUUUUUCUAUGGUCACACAAUACAGUAUGUGCUGUUGAGAUAAAUGAAGAGAGUCUCAGAUGAUCACAGGAAAGAGAAUCACUCAUAAAAUUCAAAUAAUAUGUCUCUUUAAAUAUAUGUAUCACCUUUAGCUAAUGGAAAUUAGCUAGUACCUUAUUUCUGGGCUGCACAAUAUGGAUAAAAGAAAACAUUUUUAAUUAUGUUCCUGCAGAUUUCAAUAGCAAUAUAUUAUGUUUAUAGUGCAACAUGUCCAACAUGAUUUAAACUCGUGAUUCAUCGGAAAUACUGGAAUAUUUUGAUAUGUUGUCCAUUUUCUCAUAAUGCAGCAUAUCCAUAUUGCACAGUAUCAUUGCUGUCUAACAAAAAUAUUCGAUCUCACUUUUUGCUGUUUUUCAAUUUUUGCAAAAAUAUUAUGAUAAAUGAACAAAAAGAAAUGGUCUAAAGUUAAUUGGUCUCAAAAUGUCAUGGUUAAUAAACAUAGAAAUGGUACAAAAUGACCUAUUUUUUAAAUUUCAAGAUGAAUGGAGCAACAGAAAUGCUCCGGGAACUUUAAGUUCAUAAAACUUCAUAAUGAAUUGACCUAACUGUAUUGACAGUUUAAUGAUAAUAAUUGUCUAAAAUUACUGAAUCUUAAAAUUGCAUGAUAAAUGGACCAAUAUAAAUUGAAAUAGACUUUAAAAAAGACUUGGUCUCAAACUUUCUUGAUAAAUGCACCAAUAGAAAAUCCAUGGAAUGGCAUGAUCUCAAAACUUGAUAAAGAAGGGAUCAAAAUUGAAGUUGUUCAGAAAUUACAAAUUAUUUAGAAAGUUUAAAGUUUAUGAUCUUUUUUAAAUGAUCUUUUCAGUGAAAAUGAGGAAGAUAUUUACUUUUAGUGUAAACGUAUCAUUUUGGAGAUACAAGUUUUUGUAUAACAGCAACGAUCAACUGAUUACAAAUGCAUAUUGCACAGCCUUACCUUACACUCUGUUAAUUUUUAAAAUGUAUUUUAAUUCAUGUGGGGAACGCUAUAUUGUGACACAUUUUUCUGAUUGUGGAAAUGACUAGAAGGUUCCUCCUCUCACAGCAGAUGAUUACGAAAGAGCUGUGUCACUGUAUGCUAACAUUUCAUCAUAUUUUAACCAGAUAUACACAUGAUAUCGGCCAAGAAACUGUUGCGGCCUCCGCUUGUGUGGACAUUUUUGAUGCAAACGAGUGUCCCUCUCAGACGGAGUAGUGCCUGUGAGUGACAGGAUUAAAGCAAUACAUGCUUCAAAGUGUCUGUCAGUGCUGGUGGGUUAACAGGCAUGUUUGUGUAAAUAUACCAUGUUAUAUUUGAUAACAUAAUGGUCCUUUUCAGUUCACUUUUAAAACACACAACUUAAAUUAGCCUAAAUCUUUAGAUCCUUAUCUCUGUGCUGUUAUAAGCCAUCAGUCUUCUGUCUUUACUUCUGAUCUUUUGAGUAGAGCCUGGUAGCCAGUUCAAGGAGGCGAGUCUGAUCAGUGAUUGAGAAAAUGGUUUCUUAGGUUUAGGUUUGUGCUUUGAGCUUCUUUUUACACUCCAUGUUAAAAAGAAGUGCAUUUAUUAAAUGUGGGGCAUCAGUGUAGCUUCAGAACACCAAUCAAAAUGCCCAGAAGAAUGCCCUCGGAGAUGGCAUGAGCUCACAUAAGAAGUGAUUGCAUAUCCAUUUCAUGACAUGAGCCCAACAUCCACCUCUACAGUACCUCUAUAUCAGAAACCAGAUGAACCAUUUUCCCUAUUAUUCCCUGUUGCAUACAAUACAGAUCUGAAACAAAAUUAAGAGACAAUUUCAGUUUCUAAAUCAGUUUCUCUGAUUUUGCUAUUUAUAGGUAUAUGUUUGAGUAUAAUGAGCAUUGUAGUUUCUCCCAAAUUCCAAAUAAAAGUAUUGUCAUUUAGCGUUUUCAGACCUCAAAUAAUGCAAAGAAAAGGUUUAAGAGUUCAGAAAUCAAUAUUUGGUGGAAUAACCCUGGUCAUCUUGGCCUGCUCCUCCACCAGUCUUACACACUGCUUUUGGAUAAUUUUAUGCCACUCCUGGUGCAAAAAUUGAAGUAGUUCAGCUUGGUUUGAUGGUUUGUGAUCAUCCAUCUUCCUCUUAAUUAUAUUCCAGAGGUUUUCAAUUUGGUAAAAUCAAAGAAACUUAUAAUUUUCAGUGGUCUCUUUUUCCAGAGUUGUAUUUUCUGUUUCUAUAUUGAUUUUUAGUAAGGAGAGUGAUUUUUUUUUGUUGUCUGCAGGGAUGGGGAUACAAAUUACAAUAUUGUUAAGAACAAUAUAUUCCUCCAUCGAUAAGAAUAAGAAUCCAGUUUUUGCCUGUAUAUCAGAUCCAAAAAAAAUUGAGAUUAGGCAUUAGUAAUGCAAGGGAAUUUUAUAUUCUUUAGCAAACCCAAAACAGAAAAAAAUGAAACAGUAACCAUUUAUUGUCACCUUUUUACCAUUGCAUCAAUGCAAAAUCUUAGAUAGAAAAUGUUUCACUAACAUGAUUUUUAAACACAUUAUUUGCAGCCCUUGUCACUGACUGAUGUUUGCUGCAGGGUCCAUUAAAUACUUGCAAAUUAUUUUUUUUUUUAAAUUAGUAAAAGCAUUAAUUGGAUUUUUUUCCUCUGGAUUCUAUAUUGUUCUUAUCCAUAUCAGAACUAUUUUGUAUAAACAGAAAAAAUAUAUAUUAUGAUAGACUUUUUGAGCAUAUUGUUUAGCCCAAGCCCAAAUAUAUAUAUAUUUUAAAUUAUUAAUAUUUUUUUCUGACAUUUUUGACAGAACAUUUUUGGUUGCCAGUUUAUUAAGCACAACCUGGUCUUUUCCCAUACAGCUUACCUUGAAACAAUGUUUGUGCUCCUCAUUUCAAAUGUCCACAUGAUUAAGAUCUUGUUCUCCUCUGCUUACACACACUCUCUCUCUCUCAGUGGAUCUCCUGGUGUAGAGCUCAGCUGUAUGAAGAGGGUAGCAUGAAUAUCUCUGUGAAACUCAGUGUGGAGUGAUCUGGUGAUUAAUAUUUGUCUGAGGCAGAUUAAAUUUUGGGCUGUGUUCCAAUUCUGUGAAACCAUGCAAUGGUUGCGCUAUGGAGUGUACAAAUGAUGCACAAAUGCUUACGAAGAUUGAGAGUUAAUAACAUUAAAUGUGGAAUGUUUUAAAUGAGUAAAAUAUUUGAAAAAAAUACAGAUUAUUUGUUUUUAUAAAAUAAAACCUUUUGGUGCCAAGGAAUGCAUUUUCUCAGUAUUUGUAUUUUGUAUAAAAUAAAGUUUUUUUUUAAGUAUAUAAGAAUAUGGAAACAAACUGAAAAGGUUAGCUUUCAGCCUUGUCCCUACUUUUUUAUUUUAAAUUAUUAAAAUAUUAAUAAUAAGCCGAUACUUUUCCUUUUUACUUUCCUUUGUGUUUUGGUUAAAUUUGGUUUAGCUGUAGUAGUGCAGUUUGUUUAAGAGGGAGCCUGACAGCACAGAGAAAAUGUAAAAGCUAAUGCCAGCUAGCAUUAGCAUUAUACCUGCUUUUGUCAUGUGCUAUGUUCCUGAGCUCCCCUACUGCAGACAGUGGCACAGGAGAAGCCAUGGUCUCUUGGCCUGGUUCACAUAGAAAUUCAUAUACCCAUCUAGCAGAGGCCUGGAGGUGAUGGGCUGCUCUCCAGUAUCAACAACAUCAUAUUGUAAUCCAGGCGCCUUCAGGAUUAACUGUUUUACAGUUUUGACUUGAGUUCUUUCACUGGUAGACUAUUUAUAUGUACAUUUUUUUUUUUUUACUUUUGAUAUAAGACACAACAAUGCUUGAGAUCAGUGCUUUGUCACGGCCAUGCACCAAAUACUCAUUAUUCCCUUAUGCCAAAACUAAAUACAGUUUUAUAUUGUAGGGCACCUUUAAAGUUUGCUAAAUUUUGUUUCACACCAAAUUAAUUAAUCAAAGUAUUGCGUACUAAAAUUUCCACUCUAGGGUUUACACCUAAAAUAUUUGCAUAAGCUACUUUGUUGUGUCUCUCCUUCUCUGAUUAAUUAGUGAUUUGUACCGUGAUUAGAAACCCGGACAGCACAGUAAACACUUGGCUUCCUAAACGAGCUUGCAAAACUUUGGAUUAGAGUUUGCUAAAUAGAGAAAGGAAGUGUAGGAGGCCUAAGUUAUCUCAGGAUUGGAACAGAGCCACUGUAUAUUGGCUUUGGCUGCUCGUGCAUUGUGUGUGUGUGUGUGUGUGUGUGUGUGUGUGUGUGUGUUGACUGUAUAAAUUGCUUCAGCACUGCCAGUGACUUGACUGCUGCCAGGCUCUAAGAAACAGCAUCUUUUAUUCUCCCUUCGAGCGAUCGUAAAACUGAGUUGUCUGUCUCCUAGACAACAUCACUGAAGUGCUUCAGUCGUGGAUGAACAAACUGUCAAAAUAUUCAAUAAAAAACAAUCUGGUGAAGUUUAA